CGGACUCGAAACAUCGGCCCGCUGACAGCCCGCCCCCUCCGACCUUAUUUACCAAGCCUGCUGCCCACCAGACCCCCGUCCACCUACCCAAUCCACGACCGUGAGAAACGGCGGUCAGAGCUCAAGCGACCACCAACCAAGCCCAUAGCCGCCGCCGCCGCCGCCAGGGACCCCUCCCCCCUUCCUUUCCCCCACGAGCCCUCCGCGACGCCGGCAGGUCGCUGUUGAGCCUGACUACUCCCCGUAGCGGACAUGGGAUCGACGGCGCUCGGUGGUGCGGCUCCGGCGCGCGCCGGAUUGGCCCCCAAGAGUGGAGUCCUUGGAUCUACUUUCAAGCCAUGUGGUGGUUUCAAGCUCAAAACAACUACUAAGGUUGGACGCUCUUCAGUUUGUGUGAGGGUAUCCAUUGCUUCUUCACCACAAAAACAGUACUCUCCUAAGACAUCAGCAGUUAAAUCAGGGGAGGAAGUGCGCAUUGCGGUGCUAGGAGCCAGCGGUUAUACCGGGGCUGAGAUUGUUCGGCUUCUAGCAAACCACCCUCAGUUCCGUAUCACAGUGAUGACCGCAGACAGAAAAGCUGGUGAACAGUUUGGAUCUGUAUUUCCUCACUUGAUAACACAAGACCUGCCAAAUUUAGUUGCGAUUAAAGAUGCAGAUUUUUCAGAUGUUGAUGCUGUUUUUUGUUGCUUGCCACAUGGAACAACACAGGAAAUUAUUAAAGGCUUACCCCAACAACUGAAGAUUGUUGAUCUCUCUGCGGAUUUCCGAUUGCGUAACAUCAAUGAGUAUGCUGAGUGGUAUGGCCAUGCUCAUAGGGCACCAGAACUUCAGGAAGAGGCUGUUUAUGGUUUGACGGAGGUUCUUCGAGAUGAAAUAAGAAAUGCACGGCUUGUUGCCAACCCGGGAUGUUAUCCCACGUCUAUUCAGCUCCCUCUUGUUCCUCUAAUAAAGGCAAAACUGAUCAAGCUGAGCAAUAUAAUAAUUGAUGCAAAAUCUGGGGUUACCGGGGCAGGACGUGGAGCUAAGGAAGCAAAUCUGUACACCGAGAUAGCUGAAGGCAUUCAUGCUUAUGGAAUAAAAGGCCACCGUCAUGUUCCUGAGGUUGAACAAGGAUUGUCAGAGGCUGCUGAAUCCAAAGUUACUAUCAGCUUCACUCCAAAUCUUAUCUGCAUGAAACGUGGGAUGCAAUCUACUAUGUUUGUUGAAAUGGCACCUGGAGUGACUGUCAGUGAUUUGUAUCAGCAUCUCAAGUCUACUUAUGAGGGUGAAGAAUUUGUCAAGCUGUUAAAUGGCAGCAAUGUUCCUCACACACGCCAUGUUGUUGGAUCAAAUUACUGCUUCAUGAAUGUCUUCGAGGACAGAAUUCCUGGAAGGGCAAUCAUCAUCUCUGUCAUAGACAAUCUUGUAAAGGGAGCAUCUGGCCAGGCCGUGCAGAACCUCAAUCUGAUGAUGGGACUGCCUGAGAACAUGGGGCUGCAAUAUCAGCCCCUAUUUCCUUGAUAUGUUGUGCCUUUGUUGUGCUCUUUCUCGAUGAUGCUUUGGAGUUAAGCACCCAUCUCUGUUUUCCGUUGAGAAGCAAAGAGCUGAAUGUCGGAGUGUAACCAAACUCGCUCAACAGCAAAACUUGGUUUGUGCUGGUGUAGUAUUUAGAGAGGAGCAACAAUUAGCAGUUGAAUAAGAGUAUGAACUGAGUGGCUUGGUGUAAUGAAAGUCCAAAGGCUAUUAUAUCCUACAGUGGAUUGUUGUCAUGAGAUCAAUAAAGCAGUGUAAAACCCGAUUCAGAGACAUCAACCAUUGCUGUCAGCAUUGGAUAAUAGUUAGAAGUGUGUUACUUUUAAAUAUUAAAGGAUAAAUUAGUUUUCAA